CAAGUUGCUUUUCAGUCUCGGGGCAACGGUCCCCAUCCUCUCCAGCCUCCCACCCUCCGCCCUCCAGGGAAACGGGUCAACUUCCUCCCCUUCUUUAUCUAAAGGAAGUGCCAAAAUAAGCAGCAAAUGGGCAAGAAUGCGAACACCUUUUCUAUUGGUUGAUAGGCUGGGACUCACACAGCUCCGGACAACCUUAGCAAGGACCCUGGAGUGGACUGUUCAGUAGAACCACCAUGACGACUGUUAGGAUAGCCGUCCUCACCCUUCUUCUAGCCUCGCUCCAGCUCCACGCAACAGCAAGUAAUGGAAACGCAGACAGUGCAUUGCCCUCCAUGGUGACUAUUCCCAACUUCCCUGAUAACGUAACCACAGAGGGGAAUGGAACCGUCCCUGCGACCACUAAUGGGCCAACAACCGUCACGGCCAUCUCCAUCUCCCCCACAACAGCUCCAAAGCCGACUGGAAAAGAAGAAAAGAACAUCAUGAUCAAAUCCACAGAAUCUUCUGAGACAAUGAGAACGGUCACAUCAACAGUGGUCCAGGUUACAUCACCAAAGGUCCAAGUCACAUCACCAAUGGUCCCUGUUACAUCACCAAAGGUCCCAGUCACAUCACCAAUGGUCCCGGUUACAUCACCAAAGGACCCAGUCACAUCACCAGAGGUCUCAGUCACAUCAUCAACAACGAAAACCACUAAUACGUUUGGUCAACACGAUGGACGUGGAAUAUCAACACCUGGAUGGGAUAAGAAUCUGCUGUGGAUUAUUCUGGCAGUCCUGUUUGUAGUGGCUGUUGUCAUUAUUGUCAAAUUUAGAUGCAUGAAGGUCCACAAUCACACAGAUGUGACUGAUAAUGGAACUGAGAAUGCCUCUUUCCAAAGCAGGCCAGAGAGCAGUAGAGACGGUGUCAUGCUCCUCGGGGUGAAGUCCUCAGGCGGAGAAGAUAAUGGUAUGUUUUCUCACCAGAAGCUGCUGCAAGAUGAAAGGGAGGCUGUCCCAUUCAAUUUGAACACAGGACAACGUUCUCUUACAACUUAAAGUAUGGUAUGGAUCUUCAACUAUCUAAAAACAAUGGACUGUCAAAUAUGACAACACUGAAUCCCAAAAGCGGUAGCAUUCUCACAUGGUGCAUAAAGAAGAUUAUUGUGGAGUAUUGUAGAAUAUGGGACUCAACAAAUGUCUGUUAGAUCCUUUUCACUAAGAUACAUAAUUUAACUACAUUGUUUUGUGUAUUAUUAUUUUUAAGAUAAUUCAUUUCUGUUAAAUCAAGACCAAUAGAUAUAUUCAGGAAAACACAUUCAUGUUAAUUAAUGUUAAAACUAACCCCAAAGCUUCUUGUCUGUUUGCACCUACUCCUGUAUUCAAUAUUCCUCACUCCUGUAAUCAAUGUCAUACUCACAUCUGCAUUUCAGCUCUGUAUAAAUCCAACCUGAAUUCAGAACACAGUUGCUUGAUUUAAACCGAUUAGUGGCCAACACAUAACAAGUGUACCAAUUAUUGUGUAUAUUAGCUGUUGUCUGUCUCAAGCCUGCUGUCAGUGUGCCCCAAUUAGGGCUUGGCUUUCAAGCGCAGAUGUAUGUAUUAUUCCACUGUUGUUAGACAAAAUGAACAUGACAUUCAGAAGCUAAUUCAUAUGAUUUCCUACGGAAAAUAGAAUCUCAAAUAAAUAAAUAGAGUUAUUUGAA